AUGAUUGCACGUACCAAGGGCAUUCGGUCUUUGUACCGUGGAUUCCUUGCCAACAUGGCGAAUACGUUCAUUCAACAAUUUGCCUACUUUUACUGGUAUUCCCUCGUUCGCAGCGUGUACAUUGCCCGCGUGAUUCGUGCCAAGUCAGCGACACCCGUACUUAGUACAGCGACGGAACUUGUACUGGGUGCACUCUCCGCGGCUCUUGCUCAACUCUUUACCACGCCUGUUGGCGUGAUUGCUACACGUCAGCAGGUUGGCCCUGCUCAACAUGAAGGGGGUGAUGAUUCAUUCAUCGGCCUUAUCAAGGAUAUUUUCCGCAAAGACGGCAUCACAGGUUUCUGGCGCGGCCUGCGUCCAAGUCUCGUGCUGACGGUGAACCCUGCCAUCACGUAUGGCUUGUAUGAGCGUGUGAAGAAUGUAAUUCUUGCUGCUUCUGGUGGCCAGAUGACACCCGGCAAGUCGUUUGUUAUUGGUGCCUUGUCCAAGUCGCUUGCAACUGUCGUUACAUUCCCCUAUAUUCUCAGCAAGACUCGUCUGCAGACGAUGAGCACACCUCACAGCACGGCCUUCGACGUGCUCUCACAUAUUUACAAGCAGAAGGGUCCUAUCGGCUGGUACCAGGGUAUGAAUGCUCAAAUCACCAAGGCAGUCUUGUCUCAAGCUCUCUUGUUCUACUUCCGUGACUACUUUGAGAUGUGGACGCGCCAAUUGCUGCUUUUGUCCAAUACCAAAGCCACUGCGUAG